AUGAGGAGUUUUCACAUCUCUGAAACAACUCAGCAAAUGUGCUUCAGACACUGUCAUGUAGGUACCUUAGAGGGCUUCCCAGUUGGCUCACUGGUAAAGAAUCCACUGGCCAAGCAGGAGAUGCAGGUUCGAUCCCUUGGUCAGGAAGAUCCCCUGGAGAAGGAAAUGGCAACCCACUCCAGGAUUCUUGGCUGGAGAAUUCCAUGGACAGAGGAGCCUGGCAGGCUACCAUCCAUGAGGUCACAAAGAGUCAGACGUGAUUUAGUAACUGAACAGCAACAACAGGGUACUUCAGAGAGGAGCUAA